AUGAGCAGUGGCCUUUAUAAUACAGCGGAAGAUAUAGACCCGUGGUCGUCAGCAUCGAAAUGGAAUGAUGAUCCUGACCCUCUUUUAUCGGCUGCAACCGAUAGUCUUAAUCUCGGCAGCAACAAUAAUAAUACUAAUAAUGAUAGUCACAACAACGAUACCAACAAACCGUCAAUUGGUAAGUCCCAGUUUCCUUCACUUUACCUCACCUCGUCACAAUUACUCCAGAAAGAUUCUCUUGAACCACGUCUGAGCAAAAAUAACACAAUCUCAAAUAUUCCCCAAUCAUACGAACAAUUACAUUCUGAGUUGUUGAAUAAACUCACAACCAUCAACGACUUGGAGUACCAUAUAUUAGACAAUUUAAUUGAGCUAGGAUAUUUGACGACAUACCAGAAAUCAAGGAUACUUGAUGCUGUGUACGACAAUGACCUUUUGCCAAUUACAUUAAGUCAGAAUUUCUACCAGAUUUUAGGCUUGAUUGCAUUAGAGAUUGACGUUCCCGGCUCUGGUGAUUACGUUACUCUCCAGUUCCGUCGGAAUAAUUUACCGGAACUUCCAGAGAAAUUUGUGCAGAAGAUUAGAAAAGAAGAAGAAGGUAUUAUCAACGAUCCCUUAAUGGCCAAUAGUUCUCGACACUUGGGUGGUACUGACAAUGACGAAGAUGAGAACGAGAUUAAAGACGAAAAUGGUAACCACAAAAGCAAAACCAAUAAUGACAACGACUGGUCGGGACAAGUUAUUCAAAACGAUCCCGUUCUUACAGACCACUCAGAGUCUCAGCAUGUAUUGUCUGGAACCGAGCCAGGGGGUGUAGGAGCAAGUAAUGAUAUUCCAAUUGAUACGCAAUACAUUGAAAAAUACAUCGAGGGUAUCCGGGAUGAAUUUAAGCCACUAUUACUGGACCAAGAUCCUAUAAAGAUCAAAGAAGUACCAGAAAAGGAAGGCUUAUUGUUCAAACACAUCAAUUAUAUUAUUUCUCAUUCAUUAACCUUGGGAAAAAGUGGCAUAUCAGGACAAAAAAAAGUAGUAAGAAGAUAUUCUGAUUUUGCAUGGUUGUUGGAGUACUUGUUGCAAAAAUAUCCAUUUAGGGUUAUCCCAGGUUUGCCGCCAAAAAAGUUUUCAGGAGCUUCUCCUGAUUCGCAGUUUUUGCAACGGCGUCGUCGUGGGUUACAUAGGUUUUUGAACCAAUUGAUCAAGCACCCUGUUUUCAAAGAAGAACCUAUUGUGCAGUCAUUUCUAACCGUCCCUACAGAUCUCACUACUUGGAAAAAGCAGGCUAAAAUUGAUUACUCGUUAGAGUUUAAGGGACGGAAAAUAGAAACAGAUUUCAUCAACGUGAUAUGGCCAGCAAUUAGCGAAGAGUUUUUGAGAAAUUGGACCAAGGCAGAGCAAAAUAUCAAGAGUAUUAUUGAGAGAUGGACGAAAAUAGUCAUUAUUGUUGAGAGACACGAAAGAAGACAACAACAGAUGAGCUUUGAUAACCUGCGGUUUGUUGAUAUUGCCAAUCUGUUUAAAACUUUGGACUUGGCUUUAUAUCCAAUGGAAAAAUCAUCGUUUUUGCAGAGCAACGAUAUCGGUGAAAUCAACUCGGGUUUGUCUUCUGUGGCGAAUCUUUAUACAAAGUCUUCUCAGUUGCUCAUAGAUGACAGCUUUCUCAUCAAUACAAAAACACUUGAAAAAUUGAAAAACUAUAUGGACUACCUUUACUCAUUGCAAGAGUUGUUUGAAAGAAGUAAACGGUUAUCAAGUAAUGAAAUUGAAGUUCUCAACAAGAGAAUCAAGGAAAACGAGUCCAAAUUCAAGAAACUUGUAUCGGAAGAGAAUGCAAAUAACUCUCGUUCUCCAGAGGUGACACGGUUGAGGCAAUUGAUUAUAAAUGACAAGCAAGAGAUUUUCCAGCAGCUCAAUAAGGACUGGUUGAUUAAGCAAUGUUGUUUCAAAGAGUAUGUUAUGUUUCAGGAAACACAAUAUUUGAUCAGCGAGAUUUGGCUUGAGUGGUGCAAGGACAGAUUGAAACUUCAGGAGAAAUUGGUUGCAUUGUAUGACAACGUUAACAAUGAACUUUUGAGUGAUAUGCCUACAAGUCGUUGA